AGUCUUCUUUGGCCUGCAGGGCGGGGGGGGAAGGUGCGGGCGCCCGCGGCGGGGGAGCUUCGAUGGGGAAGCGCGAGAAGGCCGGCGGGCACGAGGACGCCGAGGCCAUGGGCGCGGGGCUGGAGGGCCCGAAGCGGCGCCGUGCGGAGGAGGAGCCCGCGGCCCAGCAGGGGCGCGGCGGGGGCCGCGGCGCGGGGCGCGGCGCGGGGCGAGGCGGCCGGGGCGCGGCGGGCGAGGCUGCGCGGCCGUCCGCGCUGGAGAUGUUCAGGCCGGGCAAGGGGCGGAAGUACACCAUGUCAGUAGCCCUGCCUGCCAGCGUCCUCGACAAUGCCCAGAGCGGCGAGCUUAAGGCGCUGCUGGUGGGUCAGAUCGCCCGCGCCCUCACCAUCUUCGCCGCCGACGAGGUCGUCCUGUACGAGGACAGAUCGGACACUCCGAGAAGCGAGGACGACCAGGAGCUCUCGAAGAGCAUGGCCUUCUUCGCGCGGAAUCUGCAGUACCUUGAGACGCCGCAGUACCUCCGCCGCCAGCUGCUGCCAAUGCAUAAGGAUUUGAAGUGGGUGGGCCUGCUCAGCCCCCUCGAUGCGCCGCACCACCUGCGGAAGCACGAGAAGCUGCCCUACCGGGAGGGCGCCGUGCUUCCUCCAG